UUACGAGAUGGUGAAGCAGUACAAGACGGACCGGCCGAUCAACGACGCGGCGAUCUCGCCGCUCUACAACGCAGAGAAGGACGACCCGAAGCUUCACGUCCUGCUGGGCGGGGGCCAGGACGCCAAGGACGUGACAACGACGGCCGGCUCCUCCGGCAAGUUCGAGGCGAUGCUCUGGCACAUGGUCUGCGAGGAGGAGCUCGGCCAGGUGAAGGGCCACUUCGGACCCAUGAACUCCCUGUGCUGGUUCACAGACGGCAGGGGCUUCGUCACUGGUGGAGAGGACGGCUACGUCCGCGUGCACUUCUUUGACAACGAUUAUUUCACGUCGAAGAAGUUCGAGUAGAGCCGCGCCCGCGCGCACGCCCACCGCGCAAGUAGGACCCGGCCCCGGUUUUUGGGGCGGGCGCGCGCGGCGGCGGGGCGGCCGCCUGCUCGCCCUCUCGCGUGCCCCCCCUGCUUCGGGCGCGCGUCGGGGGGGCCUCCCCGGGGCCCACCUGAUGGGUGCGGUCGACUCCGCUUCUCGGGAGCGGAAACGAGGGGGCUCGUCUUCCACCCCCCCUUCGCCUUUCCCCUCGCCUCCUGCCGCAGCCAGCCAUCAGCCGUGGCGUGCCACGCCGGCUCCGGGCUUGCGCGGGGCCCCGCGGUCGAGAGCCUGACGCUGAUCCGCCGGUCCGGUCCCAGCCAGGCACAGGGGGG